AGGCUUUUAGUCUCUCAUGAGCAGUCAAGACGCAUAGUACUUAUAUACAAACAAGGAAUAGUGGCGAGAGUGAAGAUAAACCGUACGACGUGGUCACUGUAUUGGUGCAUCCAGUAAAACGACGCAGUAGAUUUUCAUUUUCCAUCUAUAAGAUCAAACAAUGAAUGAUAAAAAAAUGGAAGAGUUCAAUGGCUGUAUCACGGGUGUUUCUUCAAGUUUUUUUCUAAAUGAUGCAGAAUCAACGAAUUCGACAUCACUCAGCGAUCAGAACACGCUCAAUAUGAAUUACGCCUUACUAUCAGCUAAGAUAGGAAAAGAAUAUAAGGGAAAGGAAAAAGAGUACAUUCAAAGAGAAGAAUAUAUUUUGGAAUCAUUAUUAAAAGAAAAUGCUGAAUUAAAAAGUAAGCUGUUUGAAAAGUCAGGAAAACAUCAAUCUUCUCCUCAUAAUGAGUUGUCCGUGAUUUCUUCAAUUAUGAACGAGCAAAAAAAACACGGUGAACUUCUUAGCCGGUUAAAGGAUUUAAAUGAGGAACCAAGCGAUAUAAAUUUGUCAACUAACAGUGAUUCUGCAACUCUGACUGUGCACCAAAGCGAAGAGGAUGAUAUUGAGGUCAUCAUUCCAGCAAAUGGUGAAUUCACUGGAUAUCAGAACUUUUUAAGUGAUACAUUGUCAGAUCAAGAAAGUUUUUUCUUAAAAAAUAACAGUGACUUGGUCGAAACAUUACAUGGCAACAAAAAGUCAGCAACUAGUAGCAGUCUCUGCAGCAGCACUUACGAUUUCUGUGAUGACUUUGAGAACCAGCCACGAAAUACAGAUGUUCAAGACGGGGAAAAAAAGUUAGAGCACUUACGAGAUCAACCGAUAAUAAUACAAAGCAAUGUGAGGGAUGAUAAAUUGAAAUUUCAAGAGUCUCCUAUCAAGUUCACAACUCCACCGUUUAAAAACGAAUGUAGAUCGAUCGAAAUAUUGAGUAGCCCCACAACAAACGAAAACAACAAAAGUUACAGUAUUUGUCAUGAUGAUGAGAAUUAUGUACCAAAGAUAGUGGUAGAAGAACAAAUUGUGGAGUCAGAUAUAAAUGUUAAAGAAGCCGAAGUAUGUUGUGUUGAAGAGUGCAGUAUUGAAAUGCCGAGUCCAGCUGUAAAAAGUAAUUUAAAGAAAGAAAAACAAAAACUGUUGGAAAAUUUAAAAAUGACAUGUGAAAAUAUGGUGAAGUCUUUUGAAAAAACACUAAUCGAGAAUCAAGCACAGUCACCGAUGGACCAUUCACGAGAUUUUAUAACAGAGAUGGACGGAAUAAAUCCAUCUCACAGGAUACCAAAAAGCAAAGAAAGUGUUCAUCAAAAAGACAAAACCAUCGUUUCUACAGCGUCCACAUCGCUCGAGUCAACAAAAACCCCCACAAAGGUCCAAAAAUCCAAUUCUCUUAAUGAUAGCUCGUUUGCUGGAAGUAAUAACCAAGACUUGACAACAUCAACCAUGAUGCCAGUAAUACUCCAAGCAAAAAACUCAUCACAACUCAAUAUCUCUGCUUUGGCCCUACAAGCGACUUGUGACUUAGACGAGCUAGAGAGAGAGUCAGAGAUACUGGCUCCUACCAGUGAGAACCAGAGAUGCUCAAGUCCAGGAAGUGUUACGGACUGUCAGGGAUCGCAUGAAAUGUCAUCUGCAAAAAGCACUUCUCGCAACUUAAAGUAUUCAAUCGAUGAAUCCCUGUCGAUCGGUAGACCAGACAAACUAUCUGUGUUGUGUUCAGCUUUGAAUAAGUUACGGCACAAUAUGGUCCACGAACGCCUAAACGAGAUGUCAAUGAUGAUGGAAAAUUUGGAAGAAGCUCUCAAAGAAGGGACUUUAUCAGACAUUGGCGUGAAAGCUUAUCAAGAUAUGUUCAUGGGAUACCGUAAGAAUUUUUUGUCUGACAAUCAGAAUGUCAUAGAAGAACAAGAAAUCAUCAAUAACAUUGCAGUAAACUAUCGUGACAUGUUUUACAAAUGUCUUUCCUUGCGCAAAGAACUGGUUGCCCACAAGCAGUACGAGGAAGAACUGAAGAGUAAAAACGAAUUGAAAAGCAAUAUUAGUGUUGUCAAACAGUAUGAAAGGCAAAUAGGUGGCCUUCGUGCAUCCAUCCAAGAUUUGUUGCAAGAAAAAAGUAUAAUAAAGAGGGGCGUUGAAGAGUACAUAUUAGACGUAGAAGAGCAAAAUAACGAAGACAAGGAAAAGCUGCGUCUGGAGUAUGAAAGAAAAAUGCGAGAAAUCGAGGAUGACUACAUCGAAGAGUUGAGAGUACUGCAAGUGCAGAAUCAAGAACUGGCUAAUGAACUUACCAUCAGUGCUAAAAAUUUCAAACUUGCACAGAAACAAAUCACUGAGGAUCGGAGUUUGUACAAAGAAAGGAUUAGUGAGUUAAAACAACAAUUAGAGACAACCAGAGAAGAGUUAGAAAAGGUUAAAAAAGAGAGGGAAAAUGACAAAUCGGCUCAAAGUGGGUUAGAAAAUACAAUUAAAAACCUCGAGUCUUUGAAUACAGAAUUUUCAAGAGCAAGUCAGGAACAAUCGUGCGAGUUGGCGAAAAAAACAGAGGAAAUAUGCCGCAUUGACAGGGAAAACAAGAGCUUGCUACGAGUUUAUAAUCAAAUGAAAUCGAAGAGCGACAGUUUGAACAUUGAGUUUACCAAUAUGAACAAUGAACUCCAGCGUAUGAUCAAAGUGUCAGAGGAUUUGGGAUUGAAAAAUGUUGCGUUGCAGGCUGAGGUCAAUAGUUUGAGAAGCUGCAAAGUUGAUAAUGAAAAGUUGGAAAUGAAAAUUAAGAAUCUAAAAGAAGAAGAAGUUAAUUACUUGAGAACGAUUGAAAUGUUGUCACAGCAAAUACAAGUUCAAGACGAAGAAACUUAAUAACUGAAUGUACAUAGUUAUAACGUGGUGAAAAAAUUAGUGCAUGUCGUUUCGAUUUCUAAUGUUUUUUUGUUUGUUUUAUUUUUUUGCGCAAAAGUUAUUGUUACACAUAAUAUUAUAUAUACAUUGUGCUGUGAUUAUCCUUAAAAUAAUACGUACUUCUACAUUAUUAUUUUUUAGUAUUAUCUGUCACACCUUUAAAAUCAAUUUAAUUAUUUCGAUCUUUUAUUAUUUAUGUUAUAAGUCUCAUUUAAUUUCAAAUAAAGAUCAUUUGGGUUAACAUUA